AUGAAGUUAAUGUUGUCAUUGUUAUUAUUUCACACUUCACAGCCAUACCAAUCAGAUAUCUUCAAAGCAAUUAACAUGAAUUCUCCUCUCUUUCAACACUCAGACUGGCCAUGGGGCACGUUGAAGGAGCCAUCAGAAACUUUGUCUGAAUCAUUUUCAAGCAAAGGUAAUGAUUAUGACCCAAUUCAUGACUCUCUCUCCUUUGAUAUGAUUGACUACUCAAGGGAUCCACAGCCACCAAGUGAUGUUAUUGAAAGGCAACCAAAGCUAUUGCUGUUGAAUUCUGAAGCUAAAGAAGUGAAGACUAAUAAGAAGUCUUACGUAGGGGUGAGAAGAAGACCAUGGGGAAAAUUUGCAGCAGAAAUCAGAGACACAACUAGGAAAGGAAGAAGGGUUUGGCUUGGAACCUUUGAUAGUGCUGAGGAAGCUGCUUUGGCUUAUGAUCAGGCUGCAUUUUCCAUGAGAGGUUCAAGUGCUGUCAUGAAUUUUUCGGUCAAAAGGGUUCAAGAAUCGUUGCAAGAGAUUAACUAUGUUGGUUCCAGACAAGGGUGCUCUCCAGCAUUAGAGCUCAAACAAAAGCACUUUAUUCGAAGAAAAUUGUCAUCAAAGGCUAAGAAAAGUAAAGGGCAACAGGAGUUGGAGGAAUCGAGUGUUGUGGUGCUGGAGGACUUGGGAGCUGAAUAUCUUGAGGCACUUUUAAGCACAUCAGAUCAAAGUGCAAGCUCUAGCUGCUUACAAUAA